AUGUAUCCUAAUAUCUCAUAUGCGCUUCUGUCGGCGGCACUCAUCGUGCUAAGCAUGGUGCAUCUCAUCUUGCUUACCGUUCACCGCCCCCAGCCUCACCGUUUGCCUGAGAUAUCAAUCUUCGUUCUCUUUAUCUGCAUCAAUGCUGUUGUCAUUGGCAUUGGUCUGUCAGGCUUAAGGCGCGGGGAUACGCCAGCAUUCUACUAUCCCUUGGGAAUAUGUACAGCAUUCCCUUUAGCUCUAGAGAUGAUUCGGCAGAGCAAAAUCCAGGCUGGACCACUUACGAACGCCCUGCUGCAUCGAUUAUUUCUAGGCUAUGGUUUCUGUCCCCGGCGGUAA